GGCUCUUCCCCUGUUAAAAGGAAAAGAAAACUCAGAAUUCUCUCAAGGAAGCGACGGAGGGCUCUGGAAAUCUGAAGUCUUUCCUCUCUGGUGAAAUCGAAUCCAAUCUUCGAGUUUUCAAAUUUUAAUUGCAUCCAAGAAAUCUGCCGUGUCAAUUAUUUCCAUUGAAGGACUAAGCUGGAUCGAUUGGCCGAUUCAGACUCCGUCCUGCUUUCCUUCUCUUUUGGUAUCUUUUUCCAUCUUCUGAUGCUAUUUCUUUUGAAUGGGUUUAAUUCUGAAGAUUCUUUUAUUUUGGUAAGUCCCUCGACUGGUGAAUGAGGAUGGGAUUACAAUCUUCUGGUAAAUCCCUGGAAUUUGCUGGAGGAUUAAACCAUUCCACCGGUUGGAAAUCCAGUUUCUGACUUUCACCCGUGGAGCUUUGAAGUCUUUCUGUUAUAAACUACUGUAUCACGUACUCACGCAUAGAGAAGUGUUGGGGGUUGCUUGAGGAAGGAGUGGGCUAUGGACGAGGUUUGUACUGGUAGAAGGGAAGAGGAAUCUCUGCCACAGGAAUCGGAAGCCAGUGAGAGCUCAACAUCAGCUUCAUCCUCAUCGAGGCUGAUAUCCUGGCGUCCUAGGGCGCUCGCCUUCCGUCCUUGUUCGCCAAUUCUGGACACUAAUGCAAAGCCGCAACAUUUACGAGUGGUUGUCAGAAGGCCGUUGGUUGCCCGGUUGACUAAGGAUAUUGUUGAGAUAUACCAAAUAUGCAACCCAAAGUUUCAUUAUUCAGAAGAAUUGAAUCCAAAGAGGUUCUUGACAUCACCAUCCACCGGACUGUUGAAUGAUGGUUGUGAUAAUGCAAACUCAGACCUAAUUCUUACUGUAAAUUAUUCGCUAGUUAACUCAGAUACAAAGCGAAGAUACAUUGUCAAGGACAUUCUUGGUCAUGGAACAUUUGGGCAGGUUGCGAAGUGCUGGGUUGAGGAAACAAAUAGUUUUGUUGCUGUUAAGAUAAUCAAGAAUCUACCGGCUUAUUACCAGCAAGCACUUGUUGAAGUUUCUAUUCUAACAACAUUAAAUAAGAAGUUUGAUCCUGAGGAUAAGCAUCACAUUGUUCGAAUAUAUGAUUAUUUCGUGUAUCAACGUCACCUGUGCAUAGCAUUUGAGCUGCUUGAGACUAAUCUGUAUGAGCUUAUAAAGUUGAAUCAUUUUAGGGGACUGUCAUUGAGCAUUGUGCAGCUAUUCUCAAAACAGAUAUUGCGUGGAUUGGCUCUUAUGAAAGAUGCUGGUAUAAUUCAUUGUGAUCUAAAGCCAGAAAAUAUUCUUUUAUGCACAAGUGUAAAGCCAGCAGAAAUCAAAAUCAUAGACUUUGGAUCUGCCUGUAUGGAAGAUCGGACUGUUUAUUCUUAUAUACAGAGUCGAUACUAUAGGUCACCCGAAGUUCUUCUUGGAUAUCAGUAUACUACUGCUAUUGAUAUGUGGUCAUUUGGGUGCAUCGUUGCUGAAUUAUUUUUAGGGCUACCAUUGUUUCCUGGAGCUUCUGAGUUUGAUCUUCUGAGGAGGAUGAUUAAAAUAUUAGGGGGCCAACCUCCCGAUUAUAUUCUACGGAAGGCCAAAAAUACUAGCAAGUUCUUUAAAUUCAUUGGGAGCAUAAACCGUGAAGAAAGGGAGGAGAAUCAUAGAAGUAACUGUAGCAUGUACCAAGUUUUGACUGAAGAAGAAUAUGCAGCUAGGGAAUCAAAAAAACCAUCAGUUGGGAAGGAAUACUUUAAUCAUAUGAACCUUGAGGCGAUUGUCACAAAAUACCCUUAUAGGAAGAAUUUGGCAGAAGAAGAACUCGUUAAAGAGAGUCAAGUACGAUUGGCACUGAUUGAUUUCUUGAGGGGACUUGUUGAGUUUGAUCCAGCAAAACGGUGGUCACCUUUGCAGGCUUCAAAGCAUCCUUUUGUCACUGGGGAACCGUUCACAUGUCCAUAUAAACCUGUUCCGGAGACCCCUCAUAUGCCUGUUUCUCAAAAUGUUAAGGUGGACCACCAUCCAGCUGGGGGCCAUUGGUUCGCUGCUGGUCUCUCCCCUAAUAUUUCAGGGAGGAAUCGAGGGGUGAUGCCAAACAGUCCACAUUACCAAUUGAUGUCAUAUGUCCAUCCAGGUAGUUAUGGUAGUUUAGGAAGCCACGGGAGCUACAGUGAGGGCUUGGGGCUUGGAAGCAGUUAUGGAAGUUAUGGUGAUAGUAGCAAUUUCCAUGCUUUUUAUUCGCCGGCAGGUCCAUCUGGAAUGAAUAUCUAUGCACAAAGUGGCAUCUCUAUUCUUGGGAAUAGUCCUGAUACUAGGCGCAUCAUGCAACUAUCACAUGGGAACGGAAUCGGUUUUAGCCCUGGAAAUUUUGCGCCUAUGUCACUUGGUUCUAGUCCUUCACAAUUUACUCCUCCUAGCUCCUAUAGUCAAAUUUCAGCUGGUUCACCAGGACAAUAUGGUCCUCCUUCUCCUGUAAGAGGCAAUUGUCAUGGAUCUCCUUUGGGAAAAAUGGCAUCUGGCAGCAAUUAUAACAGAAGAAAGAACUGGGCCUUUCAAGGGAAUUUUCAAUCGCAAGAAACUAUAUCCUCUUCGAGCUGUCAAGGACACAUUGCUGAUAUUAACACCUCUGGCCAGUCUGAGGGAAAUUCUUCUUCUUUUGGCUCUCAAUCACAUCGACAGCCCAACACAAGCACAUCAACAUGGAGACUGCAACAAGGAGGCAGGAAUAUAACCUCUGGUUACUCCUCUUCGCAUAUGCACACUGUUCAAGGGAGUGGAUACGACAAGUCAGAGGCUAGUAACUCGCUGCCUGAUCCUGGAGACUGGGAUCCCAAUUACAGUGAAGAACUACUUUUGCAAGAGGAUAGUUCGGAUAUGAGCAUCAUGACCAGUGAAUUUAUGAAGGGCAUGCACUUGAGUCAACCUUUAGUCUCUUCUGACACACUGAUAGGGGUAGGAAUAUCCAGCCGCAUCUCCAAUGCCAAUGUUUCUAUACAAAGGCAUGAUGGACCUGUCCAGUCUUUUUCUCCUGGUGAAGCAGGCAGCAGUCCUGCAAUUCAUGGCUAUGCCCAAAUGACUAAUCACUCAUACUUCAUGCCUCAUUCGGCACAAAGUUCUCCCAGCCGUUUGGGGCAGCAGCCGGUUCAGCGGCACAACCUAGGGAGAUCAGCACCAUUCCGUGAUGGUGAGUGGAGUCAUUUGAAUGUCCAGGCUCCUCAAUAUUCUGGGGGUCUACGUUCUCCUGGAAGCAAGGACAUACACUGGGGACGUAGAGGGAAUUACUCUGUCUCCAAUGCUCCUGCUUUCCAUGGAAGAAAAGACUAUGGACGGAAUGCCUAAUAUUUAGGAGUAGCUUGCUGUCGGCUGCAAGCGGGUGUCGUUUUUUUACUGGGAAUGAGGCAACCAUUCUGUGUGAUCCUAUCUCUCUUCUUGGCUCGGUAACUGUCUUGUUUUGAUGAACUAGAUCUUUUAUUUUGUACUAUCAUUUCUUGUAUGUUGCACACAGUUGUGAUGAUCUUCCGCUUGAAACUUCCUUAUACGCUACUCCAUGUUGCAAAACACUAAAUCGUCAUUCCAGGGGUCGAUGGAGAUCCGUUAUUUUCUUAGUCCUUGUGUAAGAGAUUACAAAAGAAGUCCAUGGUAAAAAUUCAAAAUUGUCUAUGAGGUUUAAA